AUGCCUCGGAUCAAACAAGAGCCAGGUGCUGGCUCUAGACAACGAAAUGGCCAACGCCGAUCCAUGGCUACCCCAGACUCAGCUGCGGACGCACAUUCUGAAGCCCCUAGUGAGCAGGUUCAGAGACUCCGCCAGGUCCGGUCCGCAGCGCCGAGCAUUGACACCUACGCCCGGCCUCCGUCCGCUUCAAGCGCCCAACAGCCCGAGGACGGCGAAGAUGAGCUCAUGAUAAUGGAGGUCAGGCUGGGACCCAAGCGGGAGAACGACAACUCCCAGUUCAUGGCAUCCCAAAGUGUCCAGGGCUCUUUCAUUGGACCCAAUAGGGCUCUCCGUGACAUCGGUCAUAGGCUGAAGGACAUCAAUGAUGCUCUUGGUGAGUUACAGGCUCGCGGCAUUCAGCAUGUCGCAAAUCUGCCGGAAUUGGUCUUGGUCGGCGACCAAUCGUCCGGAAAAUCGAGUUUGAUGUCAGCCAUUGCAGGGCUCAGCCUCCCUCGUAGCAGCGGAACAUGCACCCGCUGUCCCAUUCAUAUCCGCGUAUCUCGUGCGGCCGAAUGGUCGUGCCGCGUCUUCCUCAAGCAGGACUACGAAUUCUGUCCGCCUGACCAUCCCAUAACAGAGCGGGAUGUCAAGCAAAACAACCGAUUCCCGCCGUGGGUUAAGUUAGACCCAAGCCGCCAAGCACGCCGGGAGUUCAAGACAGUACGGGAUCAAUCGGACUCCGAGGAGAUCGAGACAGUGUUGCGGUGCGCCCAGGUUGCAAUUCUGAAUCCCAGCACCCACUACAGCUUCUUCAUCCCAAAACUGAAGGGUGAGGGUCCCGACAGCACCCGGGAGCAGCACCUCGACCAGGUCAAGAAAAAGGAAGAGAGGGCCGAAGCACAGUUUUCGCCCAACACAGUUGCCCUAGAGGUCAAGGGGCCUGACUUAGCUGACCUCAACUUUUACGAUCUUCCUGGUGUAUUCAUGACUGCGAGACGGGCCGAAGACAGCUUUCUCGAGAAAGUCGUCCAAAAUCUGACCAAGGAGUACAUUUCCCGCCCUAGCGCCAUUAUUCUGUGCGCGGUGCCCAUGAACCAGGACACCGAAAAUUCCCUAGCUCUCAAGCUCGUUCGGGGCUUGCGCGCGGAGGAUAGAUGUAUCGGCAUAAUGACUAAGGCUGAUUUGCUGCCGAAGGAGGAUCAUGCUGCCGCCGGCUGGCUCGCCAUGCUCAGAGGCGACGCGCAUCGGACUGGUCAUGGCUAUUUCAUCACUUCACGCCAGGGUAGCGACCUGGAAGAGCAAAAUAAGAUGGAAGAGGCCUUCUUCAACCGGACAGCAGAUGCGACAGGCCAGUGGCCCGAAGCCUUCGACGGGGCUAGAGAGCGAUGUGGCGUGGAGAAACUCAAGGCAUUCUUGUCGCUCAAGUUAGGCGAGGAGUUUGCAAAGAUCCUCCCCGAGGUGAAGGGCAAUGUCAACAAACGCCUUGGGGAGAUCGGCGAACAACUUAAGAAGUACCCCGAGCCGCCGAAGAACCCAGAACUGGAGGUUAUGAAGAGCCUCACCCAAUUCACCAUCCGGGUAAAAGAUAGGGUUAUGCACCAGGACUUUAUGAGUAUCUGGGACUCGCGUUUUGGCGAGCCUUUCAAGAGGACCAUAAUUGGGCUGAAGCCAAAGUUCAACGUGAAAGAGCAUGCCAAAGCGUCGAACCCGGUGGUUAUUGUCCUCGAUGGCGAUAGCCCGGCCGUUUCGCCGACUAUGCGGAAGCGUCCCGCCCCUGCCACGGACCUCACAGAAGCCACUCCAAAGCGGCAUCGCGGGCAACAAGCAAAUGGUGUCGUCAAGUCCGAGCCUUCGGACUACCCCAUGUUCCCUACGACACCCAGUCAUUCCAGAAUGACUCCUGUCAACGGUAUGACGCCCAGCCGAGGUUCAAGAUCCAAGAGUCUCAUGGACAUCCGCAACCUUAUCCGGCGCGCCGCUAUUCCAGGCCAGCCCGGCCUCGUUUCUGCCAGCGUUUACGAACCUCUGUACACGGAGGCGGCAAAGUCAUGGGCUCCUCACCUCGAGAGUUUCAUCAACAAUACGUUUGCUUUCCUCCAGGCAGAAAUCUUCGCGAUUCUGGACUCUACGUUCUCGCAUCUGAAGAAUCGAGCUGUGUACAAGGAAUCAGUGGACCACAUGCGGGUCUUCAUUGAGACCCAGAAAGCCGAACUACGCCAGCAGCUACUGUUCAUCUACAAGCUCGAAGCCCAGCGUCUUUUUACCAAGGAUGAGGAGACCCUCCAGCGACACAAAACGGCGGAAAUGAAGAUUCUAGUUCGCCACCGAAACCACUUCCGCAUCGCCGCCCAUAAUGGCGAAGAGCUCUGUUCCGUCCCUAAGAUGGAGGAACUGACCGAUGAAGAGCGGCGGCAAGAGGAGAUCAAGAUGGCUAAGGAACUCAAAAACCUCGGUCCGGAUCCCUUCGAACCAGAACUGGCUGUCGCCGCGUACAUCCGCGGGUACUAUCUGACAGCUGCGAAUCGCUUUGUGGACUACGCCUCGAUCCACGUCAUGUCUGGCCUGCUCCCGCGCGUGGCAUCCGUCGUCGAGAGCUACUUGCAUGAGAAGCUGGGUCUCACGAGCCACGCAACCACGCAGGAAGUCUUGGAGCGCCUCAUGUCGGAGGGCCCCGAGAUCGAGCAGAAACGGCGUGACCUGCGCGCUGAGAAGGAAACGCUCGAUGGUGCCAUGGACAUCAUUGUCAACCUGGAGCGACGCGAGGCUGCGGCAGCUGCUUCGUCACAAUACGGAAAUGGUUUUGAUGCGUCUCAGGCCGAUAGCAUGGCGACAUUUGACGCGGACCAUGCAAACGGGGACAGGGCUACGGUCUUCUCCGGUACGGCGUAUGGCGAUGCUUGA